AUGUCAAUUAAUGUUUUACAUAUGCCUCAACUAGAGACUGCAGAACCUUUUAUUCCUGGAUAUUUGAGAGGAACUGCCUUUGCUGAGCAGUAUGAAGCACGGUAUAUGUCUUUUUUGCGUCAUGGUAUUGGUUCUGAUUUUCCGGAGCUUCCAUCUUCAUGGAAUGAGGAUGAUAAAUGCAAUCUUUUGUCUUUAGUUGGUAAUGGUUUAGAAGUUAAAUUUGUGGGGCCAGCUAAGGGUGUAGAACAAGAUGCUGCUUCAGUGAGAGCAAAUAAUCCUAUUCCUACACGAUGUGGUCUUUAUUAUUAUGAAAUUGAAAUUCUUUCUAAAGGUUAUGAAGGACUUAUUGGUAUUGGGUUUUGCAAAUCUACUGUUCCUUUGAAUAGGUUACCUGGAUGGGAGUCCGAUUCUUGGGGGUAUCAUGGCGAUGAUGGGCACUCUUUUUGUUGCCAAGGAAUAGGAAAAGAAUAUGGACCAAAAUUUACUAAAGGAGAUGUUGUAGGCUGUGGUAUUAAUUUUUCCUCUGGGACAGGAUUUUAUACAAAAAAUGGUGUUCAUCUUGGAAUAGCAUUUCGUGAUCUUAAGGGCACAUUUUAUCCUUCAGUUGGUUUAAGAACUUUAGGUGAACAUAUUCGAGCGAAUUUUGGAAAGAAGCCUUUUGUUUUCGAUAUUGAGCAAUAUAUGAGGAUCGAAAAAAUAAAAGCCUAUCAAAGUAUUAAUUCUUGGCCAUCCUUCGAAGAUAAAGAGUAUAACGAAUCUAGUAUAUCUAAUACUGUCGAUAGUCUUAUAGCAUCUUAUCUUUUUCAUAAUGGUUAUAUGGAAUCUUUAAAAACCUUUGUUCAGGGUGUUGGAGACAGAGAAAGGAUAUUUGGCAAUGCAGAUAGAAACUAUCUCAUGCAAUCCAUAAAUAUUGACGAUAUAGAUUUAACGAAUCGUCAACAUAUUAGAUCUGCAAUUUUAAAUGGCGAUAUAGAUCUUGCAUUAAAAUUGACGAAUAUUUUUUAUCCUCGUUUAUUAGAAACUAAUGAAUCUAUUUAUUUUAAAUUGAAAUGUCAUAAAUUUGUUGAAAUGAUGCGACAAUGUUCGGAAUCUGCGGAUGAAAAUGAUGAUGAAAUAAUGACGGAUGUUUCUGGUGUUUGUGGCAGUAAUAGUUCUAGCUAUGAUUUAUCAGAGAAUUCAUCAGUUAAAUAUUCAGAGUUAAAAAAAAAAAAUACUAGGUUUUUGCUCUCAAAAAUACUUGAAUAUGGACAACAACUUCAAGAAGAUUAUCGUGAUGAUAAUAGGAAUGAUAUUCGGAAAACUUUAGAAGAUACAUUUAGUUUACUUGCUUAUUCUGAUCCAAAAAAUAGUUCUGUAUCUUAUCUAUUGGAUGAAAAUGCUCGACAUGUAGUUGCUGAAGAACUAAAUAAAGCUAUUUUAGUGUUUCUUGGGAAAUCGUCUAUAUCCUCUUUGGAAAGACUGAUUCAAUACACUUCUGUAGUAGUAAACGAGUUGGGGAAAAAAGGAUCUAGUGAAUCUAGUUUCAUGAAUAUCCGUCAAGACAUAUUAACUCUUUAG